AUGGAGAACCAGAUAUUGCCUGAUACAAGAUCUUUAAUAGACAGUGGACUUCUCACUGAAAUAUUUAGUCAAAAUAGUCCUGUUAGUGCUGAAAACGUUGAUCUAGAAAUUGCAGUGAUUAAUGAUCCCAUUGAAGAAGGACUGCUCUCUAGUCAAGACAAUCAUUUAUGCACUGUAAAUGUGGGAGAGACUUUGUUAGAUCACUUCAAGUAUCCACUUACCAUUGAAAAUCAAAAAACAAUAGUAAAAGUUGAAGUGCAUCCAUCUGGAAACAACAGCUGUGGUGAUGAAGAUCUUGAAAAAUACAAGGAAUUAAAUCUUCCAGAAGAAGCUACACAUAGGCAUUCACCUUGUCUGCCUUCAAAUGGUGUCCACUUUCUUUCUUCUGUAGCAAUGCAGCAUGAAAAUUGCAGUGUUCCAACUUCAAGCAUUUUCUUUCCAGAAGAAACAGCCAAUCAAAAUGUCAGAAUGAUACCAGCAUUCAGCUCGUUCAUACCUCCAGUUGCAGGUGAGAAUAAAUGCAUUUGUUAUCAUCAGUUUAAAGGAAUCCAAAACAAUUCUAUGCAAUUCUAAAACUUGACCAACUGCUUAAUAGAAUCUUCCAGUGAUACCUGUGGUUUACCUCAGACUGAUGCUUCUGUCUAUGAUGAAAUAGCUGAGGUAAGAGAGGCAAUUAAUAAUGUUAUCGAGAAACACCAACACAGAGCAAUUUUUCAGAGUUCAGAUGUUGAUAAGUCUGACUGCAAGUUAUUAGCAUUGCACAGUGUAGCAGAGGAAUCCAGAUGUUCACACAGAAAUGAUUCUACUCCUGUGGUUAUCUGCCAGUUGGAAGGAGGUACUCAAAUGCUCUAUAUAAACUGUUGUGACACACAAGAACUAAAACCCGUUCAUCAAAUUCCUGAGUAUCACAAGCAACAUAAUCACCUUCAAUCAGAUGUGGACAGCCCUGUAACAGCUGUAUUGGGGCAGUUUUUGCCUGUUCCAGGUGAACUGGUUCUAAGUGAACAAGAGGCCUAUCCUGAUGGAAUCUCAGAAGCUUUCUUACCAAAAAUUGGGAAAAGGAUACUGGGAGAAAUUGAACCUCACCAUAACAAAGGAUGUAAUUGCAAACACUCAGGUUGCCUCAAUAAUUAUUGUGAGUGCUUUGAGGCUAAAAUUAUGUGUUCCUCUGUUUGCAAAUGCAUUGAUUGCACAAACUGUGAAGAAAGUCCAGGUGAAAAGAAACAGUUGAAUGUACUAAGCUACAUGGACAUUGGAAACAAUGAAGAAAAUAGCCCAGUUUUGACAUCGACAUUCAAAACAUUACCAAAAUUGAGGAAAGACAGGCAACCAGCUGUAUGUAUAUCUUGGGAAGAAGUGAAAGUAAUAUGUGCUUGUCUCCUGGUGCAAGCUGAAGAAGCAGAAAAAAGUGGUUACUCUCUCUGUCUAGCUGAGCAGAUGAUCAUGGAGGAAUUUGGAAGAUAUUUAUCCCAGAUCCUACAUGCAUAA